GUAGCGUCGUAACUGCGUACAAGUGGGCAGCUAACUUUUGCGUGUCUGUGUCAAGCAUAAUCGUUUUCAUAUCGCUACCUGUAUCUUGGCAACCAACAUCCGGCACGCGCUGGUGGAGAUGCUGCUGGGGCACAAGCGACCUGCAUCGCUGCAGACUGGCGGCGGCGGCGGCGGUGGCAGCGGCGGCGGCGGUGGCAGCGGCGGCGGCGGCGGCAGCAGCAGCGGGGGCGUGUGCGCGCAUCUUGGUAGCGGAGGGGGCGGGAAAGGCCACGUGGAAGAGGAGAGCGCAGCACCGCCCAAGAAGCGGCGCAAGCGCGCAAGCUGAGGAGCCGGCUGGUGUCUAGGUGUGUGAUGGGACAGGGUUCAAGGCAGGUUGGCGAGGUCCCGUAGGGUGCAGCCGAUGCCCAGACCCGUAAGCAGACAGCAAACAGUUUGCAGUGGCAGAGCAGAAGUGCAUGGCUGGUCGAACGCCGGCGUUACUGUACCGACAAGUUGCUGGCUGGCUGGAAGUUUGCUGAUGCGCAUUCCUCACGCUCCGGGCGCCCGGCCAGGCGAUAGCACCACACAGACAGACCGCAACGCCACACUCGCGAUGCAGAGCCGCAGCGCACCUGCAGGAAGAUGACCAGCGUCCACGGAUGAGCACCAGAGGCAACCGCCGAGAAAAUGCAGACAGAAUGCAGCAAAGCAGUGGCCGGGCGACAGCGUGACAAGCAGGGGCGAAAACAGGGCGAGGCAAGGCAGAAAAGGGAGCCCGAAUGUACGGAUGAGUGGCGGGCGAGUCGAAUGCGAUUGCGAGACAAACACAACCGGAGUGUGAGGAAGCGCCGCGGGUUGGCAUUGGGAGUGUCGUGGCUGAAGUUCGGGACAGAGAGCUGUAUCGCGCGCCCUAUUGUCCCUUCAAUUGUAAUCCGCAUCCUAAGGACCGAGUGCGGUUAGCGGAGUGUUUGCUGGCGAGUCGCGCUGGCGCUGGCGCUGCAGUGUAGUGUGAAACAGGAGUCAAAUACAAAGCAGGAAGGCACUGACGUUGGUAGGUAGCGGUCCGCGGUGGGGCUGGCAGGGCAUGCGUAGCGGCAUGACAAGUAGUGCGGCUGUUGACAACUGUGCUGCGUCUGGCUGCGGCUGGCCCUGCUGUGGCAUCGCGAUUGCUAGGCACCUAGUUUGGCUAUGUGCCUGUGGAAACCGACCCCGGCUAUGUCCGGGCGAUGAGGUUGUUCGGCCUCAGACUGUGGAAGGGCUCAGCCCCUUUUCC